CAGUGUUCCAUGUUUCUAAACAUGGCAGGUCGUAGCGGUUUUGACGAUAUUAAUUCCAGGGGCUUUGGCGGCGGCAGGCGAACUACUGGGGGCCGUCCUCUACCUUCAGAGCCUCCAUAUAAGGCGUACGUUGGAAAUUUGCCCUCCGGAAUUAUUCAAGGCGAUAUAAACAGAAUUUUUCCUGAUCUAUCUAUAAAAAAUGUCAGAUUGGUUAUGGAUAAAGAGACAGACAAAUUCAAAGGAUUUUGCUAUGUAGAAUUUGAAUAUCUCGAAGAUUUGAUGAAAGCAAUAGAUUUGAAUGGGAUUAUUAACGUAGAUGGUAAUAUAUUAAAAAUUGAUGUCGCUGAAGAAAAAAGAAACGACCGGGGAGGUGGUUUCGAUCGUGGUCGGAGAGACGGCGGUCGCGAUGGUGGACGAGGAGGUGGCGGCGGUAGUGGCGGCGGCGGGUUCAGGCGCGAGGGGCGUGAACGCGAAAGAGAGCGAGGUGGAGCUGGACCAGGAGCUGGGGCCGGCGGUAACGAGCGAUGGGGCGACCGCGAUCGUGACGGCGGGCGGAGCUCCCGCGGCGGGUCCGAGGAACCCCGCGCCGGUGACUGGGGCCGCAUGGGACGCUCGGGCUCCAACGCACCCGCUAGAAACAGACGCGCAUUCGAAGAUAUGCCUCCCACCAGACCAGACACUUCUGGUAGACCGAAGCUGGUGCUGGAGAAGCGGACGGUAAAGGAGCCCGUCAACUCGCUGGCCUCGACUAGUCAGUCUUCGUCGAUAUUCGGCGGGGCUCGGCCGCGAGAAGAAAAGCUCAAAGAACUUAAGGGAAACGAAUGAGUCCCC